AUCGCUUGAACUGCUGAGAGCUCCCUCUGCCAUUCACUCUAAACCAUGCCUCUAAGGUGACAGUUCCUCAAUCGACACUCCGUCACGAUUCCAGUUACACAAACGUAUCCCUUCGACUCACGAUGGCAACCCCGAAAACCGUCCGACCUCUCCUCCGCGGGCCCAUAUACAUCAAACCUCCCAGCCUCUCACAACGGCGAACCUUCCUCCCAAAUCCCUUCAGCUCCUCCAUCAAUCCGCUUAAUUCAUCGGCGCAACCACAAACACUCACCGCGAGACGAACACUGCCAUAUCCCUCCCAUCCAAUCUACUCCAUCGUCUCCGACGUCUCCAGCUACUCGUCCUUCCUCCCAUACUGCCAAUCCUCCGCUGUCACGAAGUGGUCCACACCUGAUCCUACAUACCAACGGCGCUGGCCCUCGGAAGCUAGACUCAUUGUUGGUUGGGGCAAUCUCACAGAGUCGUUCACAUCGCGCGUCUUCUGCGUCCCUGGAAGGAUAGUGGAAAGCAUCGGUGGGAGUACAGAGACGGAAAUACCGAAGGGCGAGAUAUCACAUCACUUGAAUGAUUCAGACAAGAGCGCAAAGGGAGCCAGCGACGGUCUAAUGACCCAUCUGCGGAGUCGCUGGACGAUUGAGGCACUUGGGAAAGACAAGACGGAAGUUACUUUGGCCCUGGAAUUUGUGUUUGCGAACCCGCUAUACACGACGCUUAGCGCGGGCGCAGCGCCAAAGGUAGCGGACGCCAUGAUCAAGGCGUUCGAAGAGCGGGUGACAUCGCUGUUGAAUGGCAACCCGGCUAUGGGGACGGCUUCAUUGGGGGAUCUAGAGGGGAGCAAAAUAAAGAGGUAGCACGGGGUGAUCUCGUUAUCCUUAGCAAUGCACUUCAGAGCGGCAUAUGAGCAUGUGAGCAUGUGAGCACGAUAUAUCAUAGCAAGGCGUUUGGUAUGGAAGUUCUCACGGACUUAGAUUCAUCGUCUCUCAUAGAUAACAAUAAUAGAAUCAUAAACAGAGCUCUUUCAGUAUCAAAGACCUGA